CAACCCCAGACUUCGAUUUCGUUCCUUGCAACGUAAUAUCUACCCACUCUUUGCAGCGCACAUUUAUUUCCUUUGUUACAACUCGCGGACUAUCCGCGCAAUAGAGUUAUCGCACAAUGGCAUCCUCACCGAAUGAAGAUACGAAAAACAAGAAUUUAGCUCCCUCGGAAGCUUCAAAGAAAGAGCAAGACGCCGUUUCCGCAGACGUUACUGAGGAGGGAGAAUACACCGAGCCUUCUGAGGCUGCUGAUGCAUCUACAAAGGAAUCAGGGAAUGCAGAUAAGGCCACCGCCUCUACGGGUGAUGCAGAUACCACCAAGGAACAUAAUGGGGUGAGUGAGGCAUCGGGCGACGAUGGGGCACCGCCGCUCCCAGAAGAAUCGAUCCCGCCACUCCCUGAGGAGGCACCUCCAGCUGCGACCGAGGAAGAUGACGGCUGGGCGCCCAUCUGGGACCAAACGGCUCAAGCGUUCUAUUUCUACAAUCGCUUCACAGGGGCAACCCAAUGGAACAACCCUCGAGUACCCGAUGCCCCAAACCCUGGAGCUCCUGGUGUUGAAGCAUCCGCCUCUCAGACGGACGCGAUGCGGGUGGCAGGUGGCUACAAUCCUGCUAUUCAUGGCGACUACGACCCAACAGCAUGGUAUGCGCAACCUGCAGUACCGGAGGAGACAGCUGGGCCAUCUACAGAUCCUGCGGAGGCCUACGCAGCAACAGCAGCAUUCAAUCGCUUUACUGGCCGGUUUCAAAAUGCAGACCUCACACCUGAGAGAUUCAGCGACGAGAACAAGAGCAAGAGGCAAAUGAACGCGUUCUUUGACGUGGAUGCCGCGGCCAACAGCCACGACGGACGGAGUCUGAAGGAGGAACGGAGCGGCAAGAAGCUGACGAAAGCGGAGCUGAAGAGGCACAAGGAGAAGAGGAAAGCGAAGAAGGAAGAAAAGCGCAGGGCAUGGUUGCUGGAUUGAGCAAGGUAGUUGGAGAUGAUAGAUACCACGGGAUUAUGGCAUGGCCUGGCGUUAUAGGAAAUCUAGGGUACACGGCGUUGGUUAGUUGGAUGGCACAUCCGUGACAUGCUAGCAUAGGACGAUAAUCCAGCGGCAGAGGCUCUAGACAGAAGCUCUAUAUUACCUAUUGAUUGACAC